CACGUUUACACGUCCCGACCUUGUCACGGCCGAUCCGCCUUCGCGCCGUGCUUGGCGCGAAUCCGGCCAUGGCCAUGGCCGCUGUAACGCCUGGGGCAUUGGGCCUUUCCGACGUGGCGGGGCGUUUGAUGAGAGUGGCUCUUGUUGGUUUGGGUGAGGCUUUCAAGGAGGAGUUCUGGUGGGUCACAGCCCAUGGAGAACUGAUUGGCAACGGCCACUUCGGACUGCGGCUCAGGUGGCCUGUGUGGAGUUUCGGCUGCUGGAUGGCCUUGGCAUCGCCGAGCUGUUGUGCUGCCGCAGCGCCAGCAUGGCCCUGCGCGCUUGCGCAGCGCAGGCGUGGGCGCUGAACCAGGCCAGCGAGCACCUUGUCACUGUGGGCGGUGCCACCGUGCAAGCGCGGGCUGCGGCGCUGCGGCGCUUGGGCUUGGUCGCCGACGGCUGCGACGCGCCGGCCCGGCGGCGCGUGGCGCGGAGGGCGCUGCAGUGCCUGGGGGAUGGGAGUGCGGCUUGCCUCCGCAAGGCAGCGGCCAUCGUGCUGACCCGCUUGAGUGGGGAUUGGGAGGAGAACCAGCCGGGGGUGGCAGUGGUGUUGGAGCCUGCGUUGGCCGAUGAUGAUGUGACCGUGAGCACGAUGGCCGCAAAGGCCCUGGCGUGUGUGGCCCCCAAGAAUGAGGCUGUGGCUGCUGCCCUACGCCAGCUGACGCAUCCGUCGCCAAAGGUGCGGGCUGCAGCCUUGGGUGUGCUAGGGCAGGUGGCAGUGCGGACGCGGCUGGUCGUGCGAAGGGUCAUUGAGAUGCUGGUGGACCUGGAUUGGCAAGUUCGUGCCGCCGCAUGCCGCGCACUGCCCCGUGUGGUGGAGCGAGGCGAGAGCUCGGCGGCGGAGGCCCUGCAGGCCGCGCUGACCAAAGACCUCGAUGGCCGCGUGCGGCGUGCGGCUGCCGGUGCGCUGGUUCAUGUGGUUCCGCAUCCUUCCCUCCCUUUCUUGAUCUUGAAGGCGGAAGAGGCGAAGCAGGUGAAGAGGAAGGCUCCUCCGGGUCCUGUUCGCGUGGGGUCUGAGCGGCGAGACGUGCGGAGGAGGUAGUGAGAGACGUGCCGAUGAGGGAGGCGAUUCUGGAUGGGCGGAGAACGCCGCAGGCAGUGAUGGGAUGGAACGUAGCACCAGAAUUACAACUUUAUUCCUCGCCCCAUUUGGAUGAGGGCAUGCAGGACUUCAGGAAUUGCUAGGAUCUCCCUCCAGAAUAAUUCUUCUGGGU